AUGGCCACAUCUUCCUCCAGUGCCCCAGCUCGUGCUCUGCCUCUCCGCAGCGGGGCCAUCAUGAAGCUCAUCACGGCUGCUUCGUCCUCGCGCAGCUCCCGCAGCGCCUCUCGACCCCCAUCAGAGCCUGUUGAAAGCACCAGCAAAACCUCCACAAGGUCUUCCAGCCCAGGCACCAACAGGGCCGAGGACGAGCCCUCUGCCGAGGCAUCCUUGCCGAGUAUAGGCAGCACGCGAACAGGGGAAAGCACAGCCGCAACCUGGUCAAAUGUCAAAGGAACCACCACGCUGGCAGAGACCACCGCUUCCUCCCCGGACCCCUCCAAGAGCAGGGCCAAGGGUGCAGCAUCCCCCGCCAGCAGCAAGGGCACCGCUGUGCCUGUCACCAACACCUCCGUCGUGGAGAUGUGGACCGGCACAACAUCCCCGUCAGUUGACAGCACAACCCCCAUACCAGCCACCAGUGUGCCCACUGCAGCCCCGAAACACACCGCCACACUUUGGCCGACUGACACGCUGCUCCCACUCAGCAGCCUGUUGCCGAACCCUGACAACUUCAGCCCGGUGCUGCCAGAGGAAAUGUCCUCCUUGCUCACCUCUGAUUUUACCACUCGACCAGUGAGGGCUACGGCAGCCCCUGGGGAGCCACUGUCACUCACGGUGCCACCGAGAGCUGAACCUACAGGCACUGGGGCAACUUCAGGCACAGCCGUGGUGGCCACUGCUAGCAGUACUGCCCAGCCAGCCCUGGGCACCUCGUCCCCACUUACAAACACACUAACGUCCACAACGACUGCCGUGAGCUGGAGUCGUGCCCCUGUGGAGGCUGCAGCAAGUCCGUCCUCCCCAGGGACUGGAGGUUUCCCAGCUGGGCUGUUGCGACAGCUGACAACCCCCGCAAAUGGCAUCUCUGCGGCUGAUGGAGGGGGCGGCACUUUAUCCACCCGACUCACCACCACCAGGCUACCACUGGGCACCAUCCCCUCCAGCAACACCGUCACCGCAGCCGACCCACCCAGAGAGGAGACCUCUGUGGCCACCGCAGCCGGCAGGACAGCUGAGACAUCAACUGCCAGAGCAGGGUUUGCCAUGGCAAAGACCACUGGCACCAGCCGUGCCCUGUCCCCUGCCUCAGAGCAACCCGCCACGAACAACCAGGCAGACGGACAUGCGCUAUCUGACUCUGGCCAUGUUGACACGGAGGAUGAAGGCAUGAGCCCGACUCCAGCGGCCGUUGACGGGCUCGCUGCUUCCCCAGCUGUGCGUGGUGCUGCUGAGAAGCAGACAACUAUGAUGAUGUCUGACGAUACAGCAGCUGGUAGCAACGCAGGCCUGUCGCCUGCUCUAUUCACACACGCUGCUUGGCUGCACACAGCCAAGCCCACCACCACCGUGCUUGCAACAGUUGGCAAAGACGCUGCAGCUGCAUCACAGACAGCUCUGGUUUUGCCUGUUUUCACCCCUUUGCCGAGCGAAGCAGCAACUAGCAAAACAGUGUUAAUCACAGACAGCAUCCCAGCUCAAACAGCCUCCAGGACGGUCCUCGGAGGGAACAAGGCAGCAGCCAGCCUGACUUCCUCGGUCACCAGCAGCACCCCAGCCCCAGGGGAGCCAGUCCUGGGCCAGACCACAGCCGAGCCGGCAACUGCAGCAACGGAAGCAAGAGACAUGGCUGCAACCAUCUCCCAAACUACCAGCGCUGUGCUGGCAGCCAGAGCACCGCUGGCCACUGUCAGAGGGACAGCAGUAAGCCCACACCUUGGUCCCAGCACUGCUAGCAGCCAACCAGGAGCCACUAUCUUAUCUCCCUCAAUGCAGAGCACUGCGAUGAGGCCAACCACUGGGUCCUUGGAGGUGUCCAGGCCCAGCCACACCAUCGUGGUGCCUGGUACACCUUUCCUCGGCAAGUACAACACAACGGAGGAGCCAACAACUGGACCAUCGUCCGUACUCAGCAAUGGUGCAACAGGGGAGCCGGUAGCCUCCCUGGCAUUCGGACGUGCCACAUCUGCACCAGAAGCAGGUGCCUCCUCUCCCACGGCCAUCAACAAUCCUGCGGCAGGACAGGCAUCGAGCACGUCACCUUCUGUCACCCAGACGUUCCUGGGGCGACCUACCUUGUGGGAGAAAACGGCUGAACCUGCCAGCAGCAGCUCAGGCACCAUCGUUCCUGACAUCUCAGGGGGGACGACAAACCAUGUUUCCUCUCCUGCAUUUGCUGCUGUGACCAGCCCCACCGGUGCACAUCUGAGAAACGGCACAGUGCUCCCCAGCUCUCUCAGUGCCCCAGCUGGGCUGACGCUAACAGCAGCU